CGCCCCCCUCGCCCUGCCCAUCCAAGCUCAGGGUCGAGGGGCGGGCCGGGUCCGGGCGCGGCGGCUCGAUGGUGAGCGCGAUGGAUCUCGAGCUAGCUCGGGCGUGUGGACGCGUUGGUGAGCGCGCCAGCGGCCGUGGCGAGCUCGAGCCCGGGAUAAACCUAGCAUCAUGGUCGCCAUGGACGCCGGCGCUGCACCUGCGCCGCUGGUUGGUCCUCCCCGACACCGUCCUGGCCCUCCUGCAUUGCAUCACCCUCCUACCGCGCCUACUAGACCUACAGGAAGUGCUCAUGUAUCAAAUUCCAGUUGUUACUCAACCUGUAGUGGAUUCCAUUUGCUGAAGAUAUCGUCCAUUGUCACCAGUGCAUCCUUCUAUCUGGCCUUCACGGAUCAGUGGUGCUGCUGUGUGAAUUUGUGCCGCUAUGUCGAAUUGGGCGGAGGCUUCCCUGUCAAGAAGAAGGUAUCCUACAAACUCCACCCAAUUCGACGAGCAUUGAGCUGCAGCACCAUCUGGUACUUGUACGGUCUGAAAAGCUUGUGCUAUGUCACUGAUUUCUUGGUGCGAUCCAUGGUGGUGCAGGUGCAGAGAAGCGUUGGGCACUUCAGUGCAGGCAAGGUGGUUGCCCAUGUCCUGGAGGCUAAGAUGUUGGCUUUUGUAGCAGCAGAUUCCCUAUGUAAUACUCUAUAUGCUCCUAAACUAUGCCAAAUUGCUGAUAUGUUGUCUUCAAUCUUGGUAGAAAUCUCCAGAGUCCAGAGCACCGCUACAUAACCGUGUCUUUUUUGGGAUAAUCGGUGCAACCUACCAUGGUUAUUGUAUGAAGUUGAUCAAAGUGUUACUAAAUAAGUAAAAAGAAACUGACAAAAAAAUCAAAUAUAAAGGGUGAUCAACAUGUUCUAUAACUGUUGAAAGACGUGUCAGUCGAUAUAUGAAAUUCAGGACAUGGUUUCAGCUUGUAGCAGCAGUGUUAUUGUUGGCCUCACCAGUCGCCACACUGAACUAGCGGGGUUGUAAAUGCAUGCAGUGCAUUACAAUAUGAUAUCCCUGUCUCAUACAUAACAAGUCGGAAC